UUCAUCGGAUUCGGUUGGAAAUAAAAAUUAAUUCGUAUUGUAUCUUUGUAUAUCUUUUUUGGUGUCCCCCAAAAAAAAAAAAACAUAGAGAUAUCUAUUUAACGGUUUUUUGUUUUGAUUUUGUAUGAUUCCCAUAAUGGUUUUUGGGAGAAAAUUAAGAGGUUAUUAGCCUCUAUUUUUAGUGAUUUUGUAAAUUAAAUUACCAACAACAACAACAAAAAAAAUCGAAAGUGGAAAAUUUAUAAUCAGAUACAAUUUUUGUAUCUACUAGAAACCAUUCAUACUAAAUGAAUCUGUCCAAGCCGAACAAAUCACUAACCAUGAUGGUGAAAAUUCUUUGCAUCACAAAACUCUGAAGGACCAUUAACAAAUUACUCAUCGAUGAAAGGAAAAACCCCAAACAAAUUCAUUCCGAAUGUAUCUUUCUACCGGUUAACAAAGUAAACAAACAAAACAAAAAAAAAAAAAAAAUCAUAAAAAAAGGAAUGGCCGGUGGGAAAGGUCGAGCCUUUCGAACACGUAGCUGGUUUCAUCUGAAGGAUUCUGUUAUUUUUGUUCUAGUUAUGUGUCUUUUACAUAUACAAAUUCAAUUAGUUACAACAACAUCAUCAACAGCAACUUCUAAAAGUUACAUUGGACAUGAUCGAAAGCGAGGUAUUGUUGGCAACUCUGGUCAAAUUUCAUCACCACCACUACCACCAGAACAACCAAUAUUAUCCACACCAAUACCAACAAUAAAAACACAGCCACCAUUCAAUUGGGCCAAUCCAACAAAGAUGACCAGUACAAGUAUUAAUAGUGGUAGUAAUAAUAGUAAUAGUAGUAAUAAUAGUAGUAAAAGUAGUAGAACUAAUACUUUAAAAAUUGUAAAAAAUGUUAAAUUAAAAAAUAGCAUGAAUGAAAAUGUGAUACGUGAAAAUAUUAUGCUGCCAUCAUCGUUUGAUUCCGAACGAGAAGCUCAGAUUUUGUAUGAGAAAACUUUACAAGAGUAUCAUGGAAAUAGUCAAAAUGAACAACACCAGCAAAGUGGCAACACUGAUAUUCAUAGUAUUCCAGAGAAAGUGACCGAAAAAACUCUACGUAGCAUCUGUGAGUUGUGGAUUGCAAGAAAAUGCCACUGCCAUGGACGCUUGGAUCGCAUAUCUCUUGUGUGCCGAGGCCUGGAUGUGCUAACAGUGCCAUUGGAUAUACCAGCGGAAGUUGUAAAUUUAGAUUUAGGAAAUAAUAAUCUUACACAUUUAGGAGACAAUUCUUUUUAUAUGGUACCAAAUCUGGAGGAAUUAACACUCUCCGACAAUAGCCUUUCAGACAUUCACCAGAAUGCAUUUAAUGGUUUAGUUAAAUUGAAACGUUUGUCAUUGCAAAAUUGUGGCCUUAAAGUGAUACCCGGUGAUUCAUUUCAAGGACUUCCAAAUUUAAUUUCACUACAGUUAAAUGGCAACUCGUUAGCAAGCAUGGAAACAGAUAGCUUAAAACAUCUACAAAAUCUAAGGACUCUACGUUUAGAGGGAAAUCUUUUCUACAGGAUUCCAACAAAUGCUUUGGCUGGACUUAGAUCACUUGAAGCACUAAAUCUUGGAAGUAAUCUUUUGACAAUAAUAACCGAUGAAGAUUUUCCAGUAAUGCCAAAUCUUAUUGUUUUGCUUUUAAAACGAAAUCAAAUUAUGAAAACAUCUCCUGGAGCAUUCACCAAUAUAACAGCAUUAAAAGUUUUAGAAUUGGAUGACAAUCUAUUAACCAGUUUGCCAGAAGGACUCAACAAAUUGGCUCAUCUCCAAGAACUUUCGGCUUCAAGCAACCGCCUCAAAUGGAUCAACGAAACCGAUUUGCCCAAAAAUCUUCACACAAUUGAUUUUCGAGCAAAUCCAUUGCAGGGAAUACGUCGUGGUGCUUUUACAUAUAUGCCACGCCUGCGUAAACUAAUUCUAUCGGAUGUGAGGGCAUUGCAGAAUUUCCCAGAUUUGGAUGGUUGUUAUACAUUGGAAGUAUUAAAACUCGAUCGAGCUGGCUUGACUGAGAUACCAGAGAAUUUGUGUAAGCAAAUUCCAAGGCUUAAGAGUUUAGAACUCAAAACCAAUACAUUGGAAAGAAUUCCUCUUUUGGGGAAUUGUAGAGAACUAAGACUGUUGGACUUAUCGAGUAAUAGAAUUGAAUCACUUACUGGAAGACCGUUUCAAGGCCUCAAACAGCUACAUGAUCUAUUACUGUCAUAUAACAAAAUCCAAGCUAUUCCACAAGAUGCAUUUUUCGGAGUACCGAAACUUCAAUUAUUAGACUUGGAGGGCAAUGAAAUAACUUCAAUCCACGAAAAUGCUUUCUCCCAAUUCGUAGAAUUGGAAGAUCUAAAUCUGGGAAAUAACAUGUUUCCCACUCUUCCUCCAAACGGUCUUCAUCGCUUACUACACCUUAAGACCUUUAACAAUCCCAAGCUGAAAGAAUUCCCUAAUCCGGAAACAUUUCCACGCAUUCAAACACUCGUCCUAUCGUAUGCUUAUCACUGCUGUCCAUUUCUACCAUUGGUCGCUAUGUCAGCAACACGAAAACCACCUUUGGUCCAAGAAGCUGUACUAUUCCCCUCAGAUUCUGAAUUCGAUAUGAGCUUGUGGAAUAGCAGUAUGACUGAUAUUUGGCCCCAAUUGCAUAAUCUUAGUAAAAAAUUCGGUACCCAAAUGACUGACUUGUGGAACAACUUUGGACAAGACUUCAACUAUCCCGGCAAUCUACCAGCCUAUGUUGAAGAGUAUUUUGAAGAAGAUCCAGCUAAUAUUGGUCCAAUUCGACCAUUUGGCUCCGAUGUGACUCCAGGAUCUGUACAAUGUCUACCAAUGCCUGGACCGUUUCUUCCCUGUGCUGAUCUUUUCGACUGGUGGACUUUAAGAUGUGGAGUGUGGAUCGUAUUUCUCUUAGCUCUUCUUGGCAAUGGAACUGUUGUCUUUGUUUUGAUAUUUUCCCGUUCAAAAAUGGAUGUUCCAAGAUUUUUAGUGUGCAAUUUAGCUGCUUCGGACUUUUUUAUGGGCAUUUAUCUAGGAAUCUUAGCAAUCGUUGAUGCUUCAACUUUGGGAGAGUUUCGAAUGUUUGCGAUACCCUGGCAAAUGAGUGUUGUAUGUCAAGUUGCUGGUUUUCUAGCAGUUUUGUCAUCAGAACUCUCAGUUUAUACAUUGGCAGUGAUAACUUUGGAACGCAAUUAUGCCAUUACACAUGCAAUCCACUUGAAUAAGAGGCUUUCGCUAAAGCAGGCCACCUACAUUAUGAUCUUUGGUUGGAUUUUCUCACUAGUCAUGGCCAUUUUACCGCUGAUUGGAGUUUCAGAUUAUAGGAAAUUUGCUGUCUGCCUGCCAUUUGAGACUACCACUGGAAUAGCUAGUUUGAGUUAUGUAAUUGGUCUAAUGUUCAUUAAUGGUUGUGCAUUUCUAACCUUGAUGGGUUGCUAUCUGAAAAUGUACUGGGCCAUUCGAGGGUCUCAAGCCUGGAACACUAAUGACUCCAGAAUAGCUAAACGAAUGGCUCUACUUGUCUUCACUGACUUUCUUUGUUGGUCUCCGAUAGCUUUUUUCUCAAUUACAGCGAUUUUCGGUCUUCAGCUGAUAUCUUUGGAACAGGCUAAAAUCUUUACAGUCUUCAUUUUACCUUUAAAUUCCUGCUGUAAUCCAUUCCUCUAUGCAAUUAUGACGAAACAAUUUAAAAAAGACUGUGUAAUGCUGUGCAAAGCAUUCGAAGAAACUCGAGUAUCCCGGACAGUUGGUCGCUCCGAUCGUGCUCCAAAAGAACUUCCACCACUCUUGUCAACAGCUCAUCAUCCACCAGGAUGUCGCUGUCUCCGGAUGAUGCCUAAUGAAAUGCCAACUUGGCAUAAGAUGCCUGUCAAAGCCGAAGGCUCCAGUAUCUGGUCAAGAGCGUGGCAGAGGCUUCUUUGCACCAAAACAAAAAAACGAAGAUCGGAAAGUCGACGUCGUAAUGCAGCAAAUACUGAUCCAUAUACCUAUCAAUUUUCGGAGAUCAAAAACAAGAAACAAACUCGUGCAAGUUCUAUUUCGAGUGAGAACUUUUGUUCGUCUAGAUCGAGCAGUUGGCGGAAUGGUCCUCCGUCAGCGCACACAUGUGCCAUUCCAUUGAAAAUGAUGGAACCAAGUGGUCGCCGCAGACACUCGGCAUGGUUGAUAACAAGAAAGACAUCUCAAGACUCGAAUUUAUCAAGUUCGAGGAAUGAUUCGUCAGCAUCGGCAACAACAGCAAGUACGUCGACUUUUAGGCUGUCACGAUCAAGUGCUGGGAGUACUACUCCAUUGCCUCCAAUAACUGCUCAUAACAGUAAAACUGUAUCAACAACAUCCAAGCCCCGGCUUGUUCGUCAAGAAGCCGUUCAAGAAGAAGACGAUUCUUCACCGCCACGUUUGGGAGUUCGAUUUCUUCCAACAAUACCAUCAGCAGCUGAUAGUAGUGUUGCAUUGGAAGAUGAUUCGAUUCAAUCGAAUUCGGGAAGUGUUACGAAUUUCUAUACCGUUUUAGAACAACAAACUGGUACAACCAAAGCCAUGAUCUCUAGUCCCAAAUAUCCGGCCAAUGAAAGGCCACCAUGAAUGGUAUAAAAAAUGGUAUAAAAGAAGAAAAUGGAAAAGAAGGCAAAGCCAUUAAAAGUAUGUGUGUAAUACCGUUCAAGACCGUGAUAUAUUAUAUUAGUUAUUAUUUUUAAAAACACAAAUUCACAUAAAUUUAAUAAAUAAAAUAAAAAAAACAUCCCAUUGUAAAUGCUAAAUUUAUAUUUUUAAAUGUUUAAAUGUAUAAAAAUAAAAAAAAUAAUAGUUAAAGUAGUUUAAUAUUAUAUAUUUAUAAAAUGAAGAUAAAAACAGAAAAGAAAAAAAAAAUAC